AGCCCGGUGGAUGCCGGGAGAUGUAGUCUUGUAGGACUUAUUGUACAGAGUGCUGUGAGGCCCGGUGCUGGGAGUAUGAUCUCAUGGCCGCAAUGCUGUCCUCUCCCCGGGGUGUCCGAGGCAUUUACUGACCGCCAGUGACCGACAGAAUUGCACCUUUUUACUUGUGCCGAUAGCAGCGAUGGAUGCUCCAUGGCGUCAGGGUGGCAGAGGUCGAGCCAGAGGUCGAGGUAAUACUAUCAAUGGAGGACCAGCUCCAGCUCCAGGCCCAGCAGCUACAAGAAAUGCUGCCCACUCAAGAGAAGAUUUAAAUAGUGUUUCCAAACCUGGUCCUGGAAGAGGGAAUGUUUCAUAUGCUUCUGUAAGCAAGCCCCCGAAUGCACUGCAUGCAAGUGAAGGUAAUGUGGAUAGCUCCAAGAAGAAGUUUGAAGAGAUCCAAAAAGCCAAUCAGGCAUUGGUAAGAAAGAUCGUGGAAGACAAUUAUAGCUCAUCAGAUGAAGAUGAUGAUGAUGAAGAUGAAGAUUCUGAAGGGAAACAGAACAAAAUAUUAGAUUUAACCUUUACAACCUACACAAACCAAACAGAUGGCGAUGUCAGUGAAUUGGCGCGCACCAAACAAUACAUGAGCGAGGCUUUUCAGUCUGGAGCUGUGACUUGCUUGAUAUGCAUCGCUUCAGUGAAGAGAAACCAAGCUGUCUGGAGCUGCUGUGCCUGUUAUUGCAUAUUUCACAUGCCGUGCAUCCAGCAGUGGGCCAAGGACAGCAUAUUCCUUGUAUCUUCACUCACAGAUGAUGACUUUGGAAAGAAAGAUUAUCCUUGGCCUUGCCCAAAGUGUCGAUAUGAUUACAAGCGAUCCCAGACACCUGCUAGAUAUAACUGUUAUUGUGGUAAAGUAGAAGACCCACCACUGGACCCGUGGCUUGUACCUCAUUCUUGCGGCCAAGUUUGUGAAAGAGAAUUUAAGCCAUCUUGUGGUCACAAAUGCUUGCUCUUGUGCCAUCCAGGACCUUGCCCACCUUGUCCAAAGAUGGUCACCAUCACUUGUUUCUGCAAGAAGGCGAAGCCUAUUCCACGCAGGUGCAGUGCCAAAGAAUGGUCCUGUCAGCAGUCAUGUGGAAAAACGCUGUUGUGCGGGCAACACAAGUGUGAAAAUCAUUGCCAUAAAGGAGACUGCCUGCCAUGCCCCAGAGUCAGCAAGCAAAAAUGUCUUUGUGGAAAAAAGGUGUCUGAACGACUGUGUGCAAGUCCAACCUGGCAGUGUGAUGUGGUUUGUGGAAAAACGUUACCUUGUGGGAAUCACACCUGUGAGCUGGUUUGCCAUGGUGGUCUAUGUGGCCAGUGUCCUCGUUCUGGAAAUCGCUUGUGCCCAUGUGGAAAAACAAAGUACACCUUGCCUUGUACAGAAGAUGUGUCCACGUGCGGUGAUAGCUGUGAUAAGGUUUUACAGUGUGGAAUACACAAGUGCUCCCAGCGCUGUCACAGAGGUCCAUGUGAAACAUGCAGACAGGAGGUUGAAAGGCAAUGUCGCUGUGGAAAGCACACCAAGCAAAUACCCUGUCAUAAGCCUUAUUUAUGUGAGACCAAAUGCCCUAAAACUCGGGACUGCCAGAGACAUCAGUGCAAGAGGAAGUGUUGUACUGGAAACUGCCCACCCUGUGACCAGCAAUGUGGACGUACCCUGGGAUGCAGAAAUCAUAAGUGUCCUUCAGUGUGCCAUAGAGGAAGCUGCUAUCCGUGUCCAGUGACUGUUGAUGUGAAAUGUAACUGUGGCAAAACUAUGCUGACUGUUCCUUGUGGCAGAGAGCGCAGUACUAAACCACCACGCUGCAAGGCUGUGUGCAGUCGCCCUUCUACCUGCCAUCAUGAGACUAGAGAAAAACAUAGGUGCCAUUUUGGUCCAUGUCCGACAUGCCGACAGAUUUGUCAGAAAACCUUACAAAAAUGCGGUCACUUGUGCCCUGUCCCUUGCCAUGAUGAAGCUCUAGUGAAACAGAAAGGACUGACCCAGCUAGCCGGUCCUUGGGAGCAGCCCUCUGAACCAGCUUUUAUCCAGAAGGCUUUACCAUGUCGUCCUUGUCAAGUCCCUAUACCAACGGAAUGUCUCGGCAAACAUGAGAUAAGCCCAUUGCCAUGUCAUUCUGCUGGUCCAUUUUCUUGUAAGAGGCCCUGUGGGCGUUUCCUUGCUUGUGGCAACCACACUUGCUUAAAAGAAUGUCAUAAAGUCACUGAGGAUAAUAGUGACAAAGAGAAGUCUGGUCCAGAAUGUUUUGUGUGUGAAGUGGAAUGCUCAAAACCUCGACCCCCAGGCUGCCCUCAUCGUUGCAAUCUCCGAUGUCACCUCAAAGAUUGCCCUCCAUGUGUUCAGAUGAUCAGGACCAAAUGCCACUGCAAGAUUAGCAAUCUUUUCAUUGAGUGCAUAAAACUUACUUUGGCUGAUAAAAAGGAAAAGAAUAUCCUGACUUCGUGCAAAAAUCAAUGUCCAAAAGAGCUGCCCUGUGGACAUCGGUGCAAAGAGAUCUGUCACCAGGGAAGUUGUUCAGUUCUUUGUAUUCAGAAAGUUAAACUUCGAUGCCCUUGUCGGAGAAUUAAAAAGGAGUUCCCGUGUAACACUGCACGUGAGGGUCAUGUUUCACUGGAGUGUGAUUUGCAUUGUUUAGCACUGAAGAAAAAAGCUGUAGAGAUGAAAGAAAAGGAAGAGAAGGCAGCAAAUGAGGAAGAGAAACGAAAGCAGCAGGCUGAAUUAGAAGCAUUUGAAAACCGCCUGAAAGGAAAACGGAAAAAGAACAGGAAGAAGGAUGAAAUGGAGAUGCAGCCAUCCAACUGGCAGAAAUAUAAGAACUAUAUCUUAAUGCCUGUCUGUGGCGUUGUUCUUGCUGUAUUUACACUGUAUCUGACACAAGUUAAUAUAUGACUUUUUACAUUUA